UUUCCCUUACAACCAAUUAGAGGGAUAUGGGCGGCCUUUAUCAACCCUUUAAAAACCAGUCCCGAACGUAGACUCGACAUUCCAAUCCCAGUACUCGGACUGCUGAAAGAGAAUGGCCCGGACCAAGCAAACGGCGCGCAAAUCGACCGGAGGGAAAGCUCCCCGCAAACAACUGGCCACCAAAGCGGCGCGGAAAAGCGCUCCAGCCACGGGCGGAGUGAAGAAGCCCCAUCGCUACCGGCCCGGCACCGUGGCUCUGAGGGAGAUCCGGCGCUACCAGAAAUCCACCGAGCUGCUCAUCCGCAAACUGCCCUUCCAGCGCCUGGUGCGGGAGAUCGCUCAGGACUUCAAGACCGACCUGCGCUUCCAGAGCUCGGCCGUCAUGGCCCUGCAGGAGGCCAGUGAAGCUUACCUGGUGGGGCUCUUCGAGGACACCAACCUGUGCGCCAUCCACGCCAAGCGAGUCACCAUCAUGCCCAAGGACAUCCAGCUGGCCCGCCGCAUCCGUGGGGAGCGCGCCUGAAUCCGGCCUCGGCACCAAGCACAACAAAAGGCUCUUUUCAGAGCCAUUAACUCAGCAGUGGAAAGGGCUGUCAUUUCCUAUUCACUCAACUUUUGUGUUAACUGCACGCCGUGUCCCUCUGACCUUCUCCUGUGUGUGUGUUGUGUAAAUAAUUCAUCCCGGUUUCUACAAACUAACACGGCCCGAACCGAUCAACACAGAGUGAGCAGUUCGGUGCCGUUGGGUUGACGGCAGCGCGGACACCAGAGGUAAACUCCCUCGCCGUCAGGGAGUCUCUUGCCGUGUAUUGCAGGGAAGGUUUCCAGUUUUUGCUGUUAUGGGGAAUGUACUUUAAUAGAUGCAAUUUCCCACUCAUUUCCAGUCGGGGACACAACCGUCUGCAGACGCAGGAAUCCCCGUUCUUUCACGCUGCAAACUCGCCUUAAACCGCAGUUUAAAAUGGCCAGUACACCGGCCGACCGCGAAAAUAAACUAUGGAUCGGUUUUUGGAACCUAAAUGUCCAGAAACAUUGAAUAUACAGAGUUAAAUAACGUUUGGGCUGUUGCAGUGAAAUAAAUCUUCAUCGAAUUAAUGAGCCAAUGCAUAUUCUUGCAGUCAACGGUUCAAAAACUCUUUCGGCGGGCUUUUCAAAUUUCAGCCCAUCCGGGAAACAGGUUUCGGCGCUUUUCUAGUUGCUCUUUGUUCAUUGGCGAAUGAAGCCGCUUUCUGAUUGGGUUAUUGCGCACACCAUAAAAGAAUGGGAAUUUAAUCUCCAGACCCUUAAUGUAACAACCGUGCUCUUCGUGACCCGAUACAGUACCGCCCAGACUGUGUUCAGAACAGUUCCAAUAAUUACCGACCUCGUUUACCAGUUUCUUUGAAAUGUAAUCGCACAUUAAAGAGUUAAGGCGCUGAAAGAGAUGGGAAAGGUAGGGGACAGAUUGACCUUCAGUGCGGAGAGAGACAGCGUAGAGGAUUCCAGCAUGGUUCCGGAGGAAUGGAAAAUUGCAAAGUCACUCCAAUCUUCAAGAAAGAGGGGAGGUAGAACAAAGUAAAUUAUAGGACAAUUAGUCUGAGCUCAGUGGUUAGGGAGCUGAUUGUUAAGGAUGUGCUUUCAGGGUACUUGAAAGUACAUGAUAAAAUAAGCUGAAGUCAACAUGGUUUCCUUGAGGGAAAUUUGUUCAAUUCUUUGAGGAAAUAACAAGCUGUGUAGACAAAGGAGAAUCAGCUGAUGUUGUGUACUUGGAUUUCAGAAGGCCUUUUGACAAUGCACCACACAUGAGGUUGUUUAACAAGUUAAGAGCCAUGGUAUUACAGGAAAGGUACCAGCGUGGAUCGAGUAUUGGCUGAUUGGCAGCAGGCAAAGAGUGGGAAGAAAGGGAGUCUUUCUAAAUGGCAGCAGGUUACUAAUAGUGCUACAUAGGGUUCUGUGUUGGGAUCGCAUCUUUUUACAUUAUAUGUCAAUGACUUGGGGGAUGACUUUGUAGACAAGUUUGUGGAUGAUAGGGAGAGAGGCAGUUAGUGUUGAGGAGCAGAGAGGCUACAGAAGGACUUGGACAGGUUAGGAGAAUGGGCAAAGACGUGCAGAUAGAACACAAUGUUGGAAAGUGCAUGGCCAUGCACUUUGGUAAAAUAAAUGAAGACAUAGAUAAUGGUCUAAAUGGUGAGAAAAUUCAAACAUUUGAGGUGCAAAGAGACUUGGGAGUUCUUGUGCUGGGUUCCCCUGAAGUUUAAUUUGUGGUUGAGCUGGCUGUGGGGAAGGGAAAUGUGAUGUUAGUAUUCAUUUAGAGAGGACUGGAAUAUAAAAACAAGGAUGUAAUGUCGUGUCUUAGUGUGGUACUGGUGAGGCCUCACUUGAAGUGAGCGGUUUUGGGCCCCUUAUCUCAGAACGGAUAUGCUGACAUCGGAGAGGGUUCAAAGGAGGUUCACAAAAAUGACUGCAGAAUUGAAAAGCUUAUGAAGAGCAUUUGAUAGCUGAGUCUGUAAUCAUGGAAAUUCAGAAGAAUUC